ACUACUACUACUACUACUACUACUACUACUACUACUACUACUACUAUACUACUACAACUAAUACUACUACUAAUAGCAGCACCACCACCACUACUACCACUACCACUAGUAUCCCUGGCAGCAGUGCCUGUAUAAUAGUCAUCAGGUGUCACGGUGUGAUGAGAGGAAGCCUUGAAAAGGAAAUCAAGUGUCUGUGUGGCAGCUUCGGCCUGACGCACUGAGGCAGAUUUGCAUCAACCAGCAGCAGCAGCAGCAGCAUGUCAGUAGUAGCAGGAGUAGUGAACUGUGAAUGGUCACUCGUAUGUGGUGACUACUUGGACUAUCAGGCCGCCCUUGUAGUGUGCUGGACUAUUGGUCAACAAGGAGCCCUGAAAGUUACGUGGUACAACUAUUUCGGCGAUAGUAAUGGCUUUGCAGAAAGGGAUCUGAUGAUGUCCUCCAUAGCAAUAUAAUAUCACCGGAAAAGAACAUUGCUAGUCCUGUUUGCUUAUCCCAUUAAAAAAAAAAAAAAAAAAAAAUUGUAAGAAUAAAAAGUUUGCAAGGUCCUGUAUUGCAGUAAGUGGUGGUGGACAACAGUGUGAAAGUUUGUGUUUUAUCUCUUCAUAAUUUACUUAUGCAUACAUUUUGUAUUUAGCACUAUGAAAGUUGAUAGCAAGUUUUUUGCAUGCAGGUCGUGCUGCUAUAAAACCAGGACAUUUUUUAAUUUGACAAAUCAUUACACAAAUGUACACUCCUCAGAACCAGGAUAUAGAAUUGAAUGUGAACUUGAUGGCUGUUCUAGAUCAUACAAAUCUGUAAAGUAUCUACUAAGACACAUUCGUUCACAUCACGCACUAUUUUAUAAUUGCCAUCUUAAUAGAGUGAGGGGGAAGUUUAAAGUUUGUGAUGAUUCCUUACCUGAUCCAGAGAUUAGGAUUUGUAUGCAGAGUGAAGCUGGUGAUGAUUGUGUGGAAAUGAUAACUGACGAAGGAAACGAAUGUGCUUCAUCACAUUUAAAUAUCAAUUGCACCCAUGAAAUUGUUACAAGCCUUUUAGCACUGAGAGAGAAGUUGCUCCCUUCUCUAGUUAUUAAAGACUUCACUGAACAUUUGCAAGACCUUUUGGCUUUGCAGCACACUCACACUAUGAAUAAGGUAAUAAGUAAACUUAAAGAGGAUGGAAUUGAUCCCAAAACGUUAAAUGAUCUCAUCAAUUCCUCAUCACCUGCAGGCUUUGUGUGUUUAAUAUUGAACACCCCAAAAAUUGUGAACAUUUCCUCCGUUUCACAACAUCCCAUCUCUUAGGUAUCAAGUAUGACAAAGGUAACACUUUCAAAAACAUCUCUACUUGUAAAACUCAAUGAAGUAAAGACAGAAUUGACCUACAAAAAUGCAGAAAUCUCAUUCCAAAUAUAUUCAACUCCACAUAUAAUGCCUCUCUCUCUCUCUCUCUCUCUCUCUCUCUCUCUCUCUCUCUCUCUCUCUCUCUCUCUCUCUCUCUCUCUCUCUCUCUCUCUCUCUCUCUCUCUCUCUAAAUUGGGUAGUAUUGUUCGUGUACCAUAUGAUGCAUAUAUUUUUAUUUUUUAUGCAUUUUUUACUUUUUUUUUUUUUGUAUAUUUUAUUUGUGUGUUAUUGCAAGUGAUAGGUGAAGCUUCUUUAUUACUGUUGUGAGCAUUUCUGUAGAUUUGUUUAGUUAGUAUAUCCCAUAGAAAUACUCAUUUUCUUUUUUUGUGUUGGUUUAAAGGAUUAAUGGUGACAUAUGGAUAUGAUCUGGGUUAAAAGCUUGUACAAAGAAGGUUAAAUGUCUAUUUUUACACUGGUUGUUUCCCUAAAAGUAGUGUGAUAUAAUGAUUAGCAGUGGACUAAUUAAUUAUUCUUUACAGGCUCUGUAACUCCUUACAUUUCAUUUAUGUUAACUUGACUUACAUAUUUUUUCCUUUAGUUUAUGAAUGGGAGGAAGGUUUAAUAUUCAUAUCUUAAGAGAUGCUUACUUUCUUUUCCACAUUGCAAGUUGUAGUGAUUAAUACUCACAAAUGUCUAUUAUUUACUUAAUGGCUUGUCAAAACAGGUGCUUUUUGUGAUGAUUUAUUUAUUUAUUUUUUCUCAUACUAGGAUGAAGUGUUACUAAUGGUGCUUAUUGUUUACAUCUGUGUUUUAUAUAUCAUUACAGUUUUGAGGGGAGCUUUCUGUUAAAUGUUCAAGUCAAAACCAUAUUUUACUAUACAUGAUAACAAUUAUAGUGUUUUUUUUUUUUUUUUAAUGCAAUGAAAUGGAGGGAACAUUUAAUUGUAUAUGAAUAUAUUGAAUUUGUUA